AUGUCUACUCCAGAGACUUCCGACCCCCCGGCUUCCAAUGGACAGUUGGAUACUCAGCCAAUCGAAUUCAACGAUAAGUUAGGAAAGGGUCAAGAAGUGACUCUGACCGGUUUUGAUUCAGCCGCAUCAGCGCAGAAUGACCCCUCAGCAGCACAGGAACACCCCCACAGGAGCCUACAACAUAGCGACAUGAAAGAGGGUCUACAAGAUACUCAGGAUGAAAUGCAUAUCUCUGCAGACGACUCUUCAAAUGUGAAUCAAGAUAUACCCGUUGCCGAACCCUCAACAACUGAACCGCACAAAUCGCUCACAGCACGCCUUGAAGGGCUAUCAGUCUCAGCACAUACGAGUGACCAUGGUUCCCAAACAGAUACCGAUGCACCUCCACCUCCUCCCGAGAAAGAUGAGCUGUAUCUUUCUACGAAAUCCCAGGCCGCACCGCCCUUACAGACAUCCGUGAAUGUUACAUCAGAGGUGGUUGAAAAAGCGCUGCCGGAUGUACCGGCCAGUGUGAAGACUGAGAAGAAAGCGGAGAGUCGCGUCGAAGGGAGUCGGGAUGAUGAUUCUCAGCCGGAGAUCCAGAGUAUCAUUGGCCAGUUUCAGGACACUGAACGCACGGGCGGUCAGGAGCAAUUGAUGUCUCCUCGUUUGGAACUCGCGGAGCAAUUUCUUGGGGGUCAAGGCCAUUUUCCGCCGCGCCAUUCGAGCCUAGAUCAUUCGAAAUCAAAAUCAGCAGAGGCAGGUCCUCAUGCUUUGCAGCUCACCGCAGCAUCACAAUCUUCAACCCAUGAACAGCCGCCGGCCCCAAUUUCCAAACAAGUGCAUAGGGUAUCUGAAGAGCAGACUUCAACACGACGGUCUUCAACCUCCACGGUUCCUCCACCACCGGAACCCGAACCUGAUCAGCCUUUUGACUUUCACCGGUUUUUGGAACAACUAAGGCAUCGCACUGCAGAUCCUGUGGCCAAAUUUCUCCGCUCCUUUCUCAAUGAGUUUGGCAAAAGACAGUGGAUGGUACACGAGCAGGUGAAAAUUAUAAGCGACUUCCUAACCUUCAUCACCAACAAGAUGGCUGUGUGCGAGGUUUGGCGAGACGUAUCCGACAGUGAGUUUGAUAACGCCAAAGAAGGGAUGGAGAAACUGGUCAUGAAUCGAUUGUACUCUCAGACAUUUUCCCCCGCUAUUCCAGCUCCGCCUUCGAUACCAAGAAGUACUAGUCGAAGCAGGCGACGAGAGAUGGAACGACUCCACGGCCCAUGGAGGCGUGGUCAACAUCAGGAAGAUGUUGAACGCGACGAUGUGUUAGCUCAAAAAAUGCGGAUUUAUAGCUGGGUGAAAGAGGAUCAUCUUGACAUACCUCCCGUGGGUGCCCAUGGCCGUCGAUUUCUCAAUCUGGCACAGCAGGAAAUUCUGAAGAUCAAUGGUUACCGUGCGCCUCGUGACAAAGUAAUUUGCAUUUUGAAUUGCUGCAAAGUCAUUUUUGGCUUGCUGAAGAACUCCAAACGUGCCGACACAUCGGCCGAUUCAUUCGUGCCUCUUCUGAUCUAUGUGGUGCUACAAGCCCGCCCUGAACAUCUAGUUUCCAAUAUACAAUACAUCCUUCGCUUCCGUAACCAGGACAAAUUAGGCGGAGAAGCCGGCUACUAUCUGUCGUCGCUGUCGGGUGCCAUUCAGUUUAUCGAGACACUGGAUAGGACGAGCCUGACAGUGAGCGAUGAGGAGUUUGAACGAAAUGUUGAGGCCGCUGUUUCUGCUAUCGCGGAGCAGAAUCGGGUGUCUGAAACCUUAGAACAAAAAAGAAUUGAACGCCCUGCCGCAGAAAGCUCGCAAGGUACUCCGCGGGCAUCUGCUGAUGGACAGAGACUUACGCGGCGGGAUGCGCCGCAAACCAGUGAAGAGGAUACUGCGCCGGUAGCAGGGCUGUUGCGAACCAUACAAAAACCAUUGUCGACAAUUGGAAGGAUGUUCUCAGAUGAGCCGGAUUCACCACAGGACAGACCACCUCAGCCCGUGGCAACCCCACAACCAGGGGCACCCCCGCGAUUGUCCCCCAAUGUUUAUCAGCCUCCCCGUAGCAGUAGUGAGGGCCCACGCAACGCUGCGCAGCCGCAAUUGGCCAAGGUCCUGGAUGCCCAAGACGCUGCUGCUCGGCAGGCUAGCGCUGAAGAUGCGGAAGCACGGAAAAUCCAGCGUGCUGAACACAACAAUGUGGUCGAGACACUUUCGAACAUGUUCCCGAAUCUUGAUCGCGAUAUCAUUGACGAUGUUGUCAAGAUGAAGGAAGGAAGAGUGGGUUUGGCGGUAGACGCAUGUCUCGCUCUCAGUGCUGAAUAG